AUGUCCUCUCUUCGAUUGCCUAGAUUCGAUGUCCCAGCCAGAUUUGUCGAUGGAAAAGAUUUCGAAUACCUCGGUGACAAUUUGAAUGUAAGUUGUGAAAAAAGAAAAAUAUUUCUUUUGUUGAUUUUAGAAGAAAAUCGGCGCCGAAUUGCAAAAAGUUCAUGUGGCUGUGGAUGGAACCGAAAGCAUAUUUUACUGGGAGAACAAACGACAUGUAAGUUUGAAAAAAGAGUGGAAAUGUUAAUAAAUGAUCAGUCUGACCGGGGAAAUUAGACUGGGCAACAUGACAUCGUUGUAGAAAUGAAGCAAAAAACCAAAAAAAUUUGAAAAAAGUGAAAAUCGCGGAUUUUAAGAAUUGACAUUUUUUUGAAUUUCUGGGUCCCACCACGAAAUUUUUGUCUAAUUUUUUCCAAAAUGGUUAAAAAUGAAAAAAAUCUUGAGGGUUUUCAAUCGAAAUUUGCAAACUCCAUAAUUUUUUUUGCAUUUUUUGGGUCCCACCACGAAAACCUGAAAUUUCCCAAAACACGGCGAAAUAGGCCGAGACAUUGGAAAAUCUGAAGACAUCGAAUACAUUUACGUAUUUUACCAAUAUUUAAAAAAUAACUGAGAUUUUUCAAAAUUUUGGUUCCCACCACGAAAACCUGAAAUUUCCCAAAACACGGCGAAAUAUGUUGGGACAGUAGAAAAUCCAGAAUCAUCGAAUACAACAACGUAUUUUACCAAUAUUUAAGAAAUAAACGAGAUUUAAAAAAAUUUUAGGUCCCAGCACGAAAACUUGAAAUUUCCCAAAACUCGGCGAAAUAAGCAGAGACAGUGGAAAAUCAAUACACGUAUCAAAAAUAGCAUCGUCAUUUCCCAAUAUUUAAAAAAAUAAUCGAGAUUUUGCAAAAUUCUGGGUCCCACCACGAAAACUUGAAUUUCGAAAAAAUCGCGAAAUCGACGAAAAAUUCGACUCACUUCGCUUUGAACCAGACUCUUGAAGGUCUCCUUGCUCAAUCCUUGGCUGUUCAAGAUGUCAUCGAUCUCUGGCAGACAGAAAACCAGCUCCAAAUUGUCGUAGACACCCGGUUUGAGGCCCUCUCCGCAAGUAAUCGGCUUUCCAUCCAACAAAAGUUGGGGGAUGAACACCCUUGGCCUGGGCCAGGGUUUCGCAAGCGUUGCAGAAGAGACUGAAAAAAAUUUUAAAGUUGAAAGUUUAGAACAAGUCUGUGAAAAAUGAUUUUUUUUCAGAAGUCCCGCAAAUUCUUGUUCGUGGACGCCAUUGUUGACUGCCGAGUGCCCAAGUCCAAUCCGACGGUCUUGCAGAUCGUUUGCAACCGAAACUUCUCCUGCGCCGAGUUCUUUGGGUUCGAAACUUCGAGUGAGGUGGGUAAAAUAAAAUACAUAUCAGUCUGUCGGGAAAAUAAUGAGCACUUUUUCGCAUCGAAAAUCGCAUCGCUAAAAUGAAAAUAAAUUCGAUUUUCCACAAGAAUUCAUUUUCUGAUGCGAUUUUCGCUGCGACAGAGUGCUCAUUAUUUUCCCGACAGACUAAUAAAGUCAUUUUUUGAACUUUCAGGAGGUCGCUGAAGAUUGGGCAAACGAGCUGUUCAAAUGGGUCCGUUGGAAUCGAGAUCGGUAUCACUCGGUCCUCCGAUAUUACCGGUUACAAUUUGCCCCGCUACUGCUGCAAUCGAAAGAGAAAAAUUAUCGAACGGAAAAGUAGGUGGUCCAAAAAUUUCGUUUUGAAUGUUUUCGCUGCGAGACCAAAAAAAAAAAUUUUUUUUUUAUUUUUUGAUUUUGAAAAAAAUUCAAAAAUAAGCAUGAAAAUAAUCUUUUUAACCGGCAAAAAACAAAAAAAAAAAUUUGGUGACUUUCGUGCCGGGACCAAAAAUUUAAAAAUCAAUGGUAAUUUAGUGCAUAUCAACACUUGACCAUCCCAUACACUCACGCCAUUAAUCGAAUUGCAGUUGGAAUCGAAAUUGUAAGUAUUUUUGGCGGUUACUACAGCGAAACCUCUGUACAACAAACUCCCAUACAACAAAACUGUCUAUAACGAACAAUUUUAGCGGCUGCAAGAGUCGAUUUCAAGUAGAAAUAAACCUUCGUAAAACAAAACCUUUUUAUAACAAAUCGAUUUUUUGGACCAUUUAUGAUUUGUUUUACAGGGAUUUAACGGCAGUUGGAGAAUAAUAAAGCUAUAAUUUCAGACAGAAUCGACUGACUUUCUCGAUCUUUAUUUGGAAAAAGUGAAACGUCCCGAUCUUCUCCAGCUCUUCAACGAACUGUAAGACUCGUAGUAACGAGUCAUAUAUGAUUUGUAAACCAAGAAUACUACCUUACAGUGGGGGACUUGAUCCAGUGGCAAAAAACGCACCAUUUUGCAUCCAGGAAGCACCAAAAAAUGUGGCAAAAUACCUCCAUCUCCAAGCGAAAAAACUCAGAUUUCAAAAACGCGCCCGCUCUUUUUGCGAGAAAGCAGGGCACGCCCUUCAAAACGACGUUUUUCCACUCGGAGAGGGAAGCAUUUUGACACAUUUUUUUGACACUUCCCGGAUGCAAAAUAGUGCGUUUUUUGGCACUGGAUCAGGUCCGUCACUGUAUAAUUACAUUGAAUGCAAUCCUCACCCUUCGCAUUUCAGUUGCCAAGGCUCUCCGUUAUUAUCGCCUGAGGCAUUUCUCCAGUUCGUCAACGGAACUCAACACGAUCCCCGGUUGAACGAAGAGUUAUUUCCGUUCAAGUCGAUCCGUUGGGCUCGCGACACAGUCGUCGGACUGGAAGAUAACCCCAACGCAACGGGCCUGACCUUCCGCGGAUUCGCCAGAUACCUUCUGGAGAUGGAUACGGACCUCAAUUCGAACGCGAUGCUCCUGAAACCCGAGAACAUGGUCAACACAAUCACUCAUUACUACAUCAACAGCUCACACAACACAUAUCUGAAUGGUAAGGGAGUGUGAAGACGUUAAAUACGAUGGUUAUUGAUCGUAUUGAGGUGGACGUUUAUUUUUUCAGGUAAUCAAAUCCAAGCCGCCAAAGCCUUGCCCGGAAAUAAUUGCCAGAUCUGCGAAACACAGACCGAAAUGUAUCGACAAGUAAGUUGGUGGGCGUAUCAGAGAAAACAUGUCCAUGCAGUUUAUGAAAAUACUAUCAUAAGUCUUGUAGGUGUAUAUGAGAGAUUACUUUUAUUUUCAUAAAGAGCAUGGACAUUAUGUCGCAACUCCUAGUAAAAAAUGUAAUUUUGAUUGAUCACCAAGUUUCAUGGAAAUUGACUAAAAAAUCGACCAAAACAUUUUACAAAAAAAUCGUAUAAUUCGAUUCUUUUUGAUACUUUUUUGAGUAGAAAAAAAGUCAUUUAAUGUCAUUCUGCUCUCUCCCGGAAAGCAGUAGUCCUAUUAUAGCGCUACAAUUCUUUUUAUUAACAUCUUUUACGAUUUUUCGACCACUGUUUUUGACCUUUUUUAUCGACCAUUAUUAGUCAACAAAAAAAAGAAAAUAAAAAAAAUAUUUGCUUCAAUGAAAAAUCCGCUUUACAUUUGUUGAAUUGGUUGUGAUUUCUUUCAGAUCCUUCUCGCCGGUUGUCGUUGCAUUGAGUUGGAUUGUUGGGAUGGCCCGAACGGGCUGCCCGUCAUUACGCAUGGGCCCAUAUCGUUGCAGCAAAUCAAUACGGUUCCGUUCCGGGUAAGCCCACAGUGGGGUCUGAUCCAGUGGCAAUAAACGUAUCAUUUUGCAUCCGGGAAGUAUCAAGAAUGUGGCAAAAUGCUUCCCUCUCCAAGUGAAAAAAAACUCAGAUUUCAAAAGCGCGCCCGCUCUUCUUGUGAGGGCCCUUCAAAAAAAAGUUUUUUCACUUGGAAACGGAAGCAUUUUGCGACAUUUUUGAUACGUCCCGGAUGCAAAAUGGUACAUUUUUGCCACUGGAUCGGGUCCUUCAGUGUAUUUCAAAGCGUAUUAGUAUACUGCCAUAAAGAAUUUUUUCGUCGUUUUUUCUGUGAUUCCUAUUUCUCUUUAGAUUGUCACCGAAAACGCGCAAAAACCGCACUGUGCAAAAAGUGGAAUGCAUUGUGUGUCUGUCGGGAAAAUAAUGUGGAUUCGCCGCGCCUUGGGAUCUCCCAUCGUCUCUUUGCGAUAACUAGAUUAGGCACGCGGCUGUGACAAGACGAGAAAUUUUGCUGCGACAAAUCCACAUUAUUUUCCCGACAGACGGAAAUGCAUUUUUGAAAAAGUAUAGUACAUGUUGCAGCAAAUUUUUGAGUGAUUUUCAAUCACUUUUUUUACCUCCGCAAAACUCGUAAUCCCAUUUUUCAGGAAGUCUGUGAAGCGAUUAUCGAGACCGCUUUCAAGACCUCGGAAUACCCCAUCGUUCUGUCCCUGGAGAAUCACUGCAGCCCUCCACAGCAGCAGCACAUGGCCAACGACUUCAUCGAGAUCUUUGGCGAUCAUCUGCAAGCCAAACCGUUGGAAAAUUUUCCCUGCGAGAAGGGGAUUUGCUUGCCCUCGCCGAAUGCGCUGAAGCGAAAAAUUUUGUUGAAGGGUAUGAAAAAUUUGGUCAUAUUUGGAAAAAUUAUAGGGACGAAAAGAUGAUCGUAUUUUAAAAAUAAUUUUAUUUAGUAUAUUGUAUAUCAGUCUGUCGGGAAAAUAAUGUGGAUUUGUCGCAGAAAAAUUUCUCGCCUCGUCGUGCACCAAAUCUCCAGCCGUUGCCAAGUGAUUUCAAGGCCAUAAAAAUCCACAUUAUUUUCCCGACAGACUAAUAUAUAUGUACAGCGAAACCUCUGUACCGGAACCCAUGUCUCCUCUUAAAACGACACUGCAGUUGGCAGCCGUAUUUUAAACGUUUGCCGGUACCAAAAGUCAAAGCUACCUAAGUAAAUAAGUUAAUCCCACGUCCUUGCGUUUAAAAUAAUAAGCUACAGUGACGGACCUGAUCCAGUGGUAAAAAACAUGCCAUUUUGAACCCGGUCCCGGGAAGUACCAAAAAACGUGACAAAAUGCCUUCAUCGUCAACUCACGUCAGAAUGAAAAUAGAAGAAAAACGAAAUUUCGUGAGGGGCCGCAGCGAAAAGCAACAACCGAUUUUUUUCUUCUUUCUUGACCGCUCUCUUCCUUUUUGCGCGCGCGCCCUCUUCCUCUCGCCAAUCGCAAAUCGUUAUUUCGCGGAUCGCCACGGCUUUGACGAAAUUCCCUUUUUAUUUUGACGUGCAACUACAAAAACUCCGUUUUAAGAGCGCGCCCUUUCCCUCACAAAAAAGAGCAUGCGUGCUUUUGAAAUCGGAGUUUUUCUCGCUUGGAGAUGGAGGUAUUUUGCCACAUUUUUUGAUACUUUCCGGAUGUAAAAUGGUACGUUUUUUGCCAGUGGAUCAGGUGCGCCAUUGUACGCUGAGGCCAGAAUAAGGAACUUUUUCCAUUUUUAGGAUGGAUUGAACUUACAUCUCAGCCUUUCUAUAUGAUAUCUGACCUAUGCCUCUGUCUCUCCCUCUGUUAUAAAGCGCAUUAUUUUAGGCAGUAAGUCGAAGAAGGCCAGCAGCAACGAUCGAUUUGUUUCGUUGGUGGGCAAAAUGAAGGACGAAAUGAACCGAUUAAUCGACAUUGGCACUAGCAAGCUGUCGCAAAACUUCCAAGAAUACAUGAAUGUUCGAGACCCACCGCCUGAUGAGGCUAUUAUUACUGUAAGUUAAACACUGUCAUAGUCAUCUAGGUCUAUCGUAAUUGCAGCGUCGCCCAGUGACUGAAGAGCAGUAUGAGCAAUACCGAAUGGUUCAGGAGCAAUUUCAGUACGUCAAAAAUGAGACUGUCGCGGAGACAAAGCAAGCGUUGGCCGACUUGAUAAAUUAUUUCCAAACCACGCCAAGGUUGGAUAUCGGUAAGCCGUUUACAACGAAUAGCUCGUUUAAGAGCUUUCCUUGUUAGGGUAAAGUAACGGACCGGAUCCAGUGGCAAAAAACGUACCAUUUUGCAUCCGGGAAGUCUCAAAAAAUGAGGCAAAAUACCUCCUUCUUCAAGUGAAAAAACUUCGAUUUCAGAAGGGCGCCCGCUAAUUUUUUGAGAAGCCUUUCAAAACAGACCUUAAAAAAGUUGGAGAGGGAGGCAUUUUGCCACAUUUUUGAUACUCCCCCGGAUCACAAAUGGCACGUUUUUUGCCACUGGAUCAGACUGUAUUAUAGUAUAAAAAUCUCUUAUUAUUCAUUCGUUUUUCAGACGAUCCCGAGUACCUGAUGCAUUCCGGCAGUGAGCAAAAAAUCGACAAGAUGAUUACGAAUGGUUCGGCCGCUUUGAUCGAACAUACCACCAGGCAUAUCGUCCGAGUUUACCCGGACAUUGGACGGGUCUCUUCCUCCAAUUUUAUUCCUAUGGCAAGUUUCUUACAUACUACUGGGAGUUUCAUAAAGUGCGUGGACUUUUUUCGCGGCCUCUUCUUGCUUGUCGAAAAAAUAGAUUUUUUGUGGGAAAAUUUUAACCGGCGCUUCAGACAGAAUGCCAGAUUUUUCAUUUUGAAAAUCGCAAAAGUAAAAAAAAAUCUUUAUUUUUCAGAUUUUUUGAUCCAAGAAAUAUCGAAUUUCACAUCUCUUUGUAUAAUAAUAAAAAAUUAUUUUGAGAACUAGGUACACAUCUAAUUUUCCAAAGUAUUAAGUGACGGACCUGAUCCAGUGGCAAGAAACAUACCGUUUUGCAUCCGGGAAGCAUCAAAAAUGUGGCAAAAUGCUUCCCUCUCCAAGUGAAAAAACUCCGUUUUGAAGGGCGCGCUUUCGUGGGCGGCUGAACUACCAAGGCCCCAACAAAUCUUAAAAUAUUACAUCAUAGGUCUUGAUCAGCGCUUUGUAUUUUUGACCCGGGGUAUUCACCGGUCUUUUAAGGCCAGAGACCAUAGAGAUUGAGGAGAAAGCAGACAUGGCUCGCGGGUUGGGCCGGUCCGUUUCAAUUUUUUCUCUGGACGGUUGGGCAAUUCGCUAGGCCCGCUACAGCGGCGGACCUGAUCCAGUGCCAAAAAAAAGUACCAUUUUUCAUCCGGGAAGCAUCAAAAAUGUGGCAAAAUGCCUCCCUCUCCAACUAAAAAUACUCUGUUUUGAAAAGCAUUUCCCUCACAAAAAGAGCGGGCGCGUUUGAAAUCGGAGUUUUCACGUGGAGAGGGAGGCAUUUUGCCACAUUUUUGAUAUUUUCCGGAUGCAAAAUGAUACUUUUUUGCCACUGGAGUAGGUCCCCCGUACAUAUACCGAUUUUAACAUCAGCAAGAAAAAAUUUUUAAUGUCUAGUACAAUAUCGGGGUAGUGCGGGUAGCAGGUAGACUUUUUGCAGACUCGCCAUAUACGGUUCAAAAGCGGUAUUUCUGAGCUUCAAAACCGUAUGUUCAACCUAUCUUGUAAUGCGUUUCAAAGCUCACAGGAAUUCGCGGAAAUCGACGACCCAAAAAUGCACAAGACUUAUGGGACACUCCAAUAAUAAUCCCCAAAUUUUCAGUACUUCUGGACGGCGGGUUGUCAGAUGCUGGCGCUCAACUUCCAGACGCCCGGCCUUCCCAUGCAGAUGAACCAGGCGCUGUUCGAGGAGAACGGACGCUGCGGCUAUGUUCUGAAGUCGUCGUGUGUGCGGAACCGCAAUCACAAGAUGAGUGUUCACGAUCGGACCAUUUUGUCGGCGGAUUCGCUGGAGAUUUGCGUUCACAGCCUGCAAUUUGUGAAUCUGUUGGUGGCGAGGUAUCGGAAUUCGCUGCGAUUUCAGGUGAGAGCUUUUAUGGCAUAGGGUUGGAGUUUGGCGACAUGAAAUAUCUUACCGUCUCAGAUAGCCAUGGACUUGUACGACUUGCCCAAUGACACGAUCCGAGACCAGUUCGCGACUCCGCUGAUGGCCAGUGCUGAUGGCGGAUUCAAUGUGUUUUUUGUGAGAAAGUUUACGAAAUUCCACAAGGUAAGCCUAGAGUACAUACUGUACCAUAUAUACAUAUAUGUAUGUUUUUUGCAUAUCAGUCUGUCGGGAAAAUAAUGACAACUCUGUCGAUAAAUAUUAUGGUUUUUUAUAAGCAAAAAAUGAUUUUAUGCGAUUUUCAAAAUUUUAUGGACAAAAACGUUAUAAUUUAUGCAUUUUUGAAAUCGAAGUCUGUCGGGAAAAUAAUGAGCACUCUGUCGCAUCAAAAAAAAAGACAUUCUGCUCAUUAUUUUCGAGACAGACCGAUGAUGUCUCAACUCCUCAGCUACGCCUCUGGUGUGCACAACUUUUUAUCUUCAGAUCAUCAAACCAGAACACGCCAUGCUACAUAUCAGAUUGCUUGACGAAUAUGGCGAAGAGCUGGGUCAGCGGUUUUUGGCAGUUCACAAAGUUCAAGCAGGUAAGAACGAGGCCUUAGCACACCAAUUACCACACCUUGUUCUGUCGUAAAGGGCCAUGUUUCCGCCGAAAGUAUAUUUUUUCCACGCAAAACAGACAAAUUUAUGGCCAAAAAGUGUUUUUUCUCUGCCCGCUCUCCGUGUUUCGCGUACUCUCUGUCCGUUGAUAAAGAAACUGUUUUUCUUCCAGGCUACCACCACGUAAUUCUUCGCAAUAAAAAUGAUCGGAAUGAGUGUCCCGUCUCCGUAUUUGUUCAGUUCAAGGUUCAGACGUACGUGCCGGCGUAUCAAGCCGAGCUCCGCGAGAAUUACGUCUCUCCGUUGAGGAAUAAGAAAGAGAAAGCUGGUAGGUUAAAUUAAAAAAAAAUUUUUUUUUGAAUAUCAGUCUGUCGGGAAAAUAAUGAUGGCUCUGUCGCGUGGAAAAUGAAAGCCAUCGAAAGAGACCCCGAGGGGUAAUCGAUGGCGUAGAUUCCAAAAAUCAUAAUCGUUUUUCGCGAUUCUUACUUUUUUGCUUAAGUAGUAAUGUUAAAAAGUAAUUUUUUGAAAUUUUUCUAAAAAUAGUGGAUUUAGGGGUUUUCGAGGGUGCUGAUUUCGAAAAUGACGUUCAAGUGAAAGUGAAGUGAAAAUGACGUUCAUUUUCGAAAUCAGCCUCCUCGAAAACCCCUAAAUCGACCAUUUUUAGAAAAAUUUCAAAAAAUUACUUUUUAACACUACUGCUUAAGGAAAAACGUAACUAUCAAAAAAAUGAACGUCAUUUUCGAAAUCAGCACCCUCGAAAACCCCUAAAUCGACUAUUUUUAGGAAAAAUUCAAAAAAUUACUUUUUAACAUUACUACUUAAGCAAAAAAGUAAGAAUCGCGAAAAACGAAUAUGAUUUUUGGAAUCUACGCCAUCGAUUACCCUAUUUUUGACGUUGCGACAAAAUCAAAUUGCUUUUCACUUCAGCGACGGGAUCGGGGGAGCGACAUUGUGGUCACUAUGCUCAUUACUUUCCCGACAGAGUGAUAGUUAUGGAACAUCGUUUUUUUCGGCGAAUAUUCUAGAAAAAAUAUUUUUUGUGGCUUCAUUGAUUUUUGAUUUUUUUUUACGAUAAAAAUUUUUCAGAUGAAAUAAAUCGACUGGUCGAUCCGAUGCGCGGCAAUUCCUCGAAACGGCGGAAAAACACAAGCGCCAGUAAUGGAAUGGAACUGCUCAGCACAGCCAUGUAG